GACAAGCCGCUGGGAUAACGGGGCGCCGGGAGAAUGCUUGGACCAGCGACUAAGGGCGGUUAAGGGGGCGGGGGCCGUGGAUGGCCAGACCGCAGCUGAGGCUGCUUCUGCUCUUCCUACUGGCCCGGCCCCCAGCCUGCCUAGGACCGGACUAUCACUAUUUCGGAGAGCAAGGCUCGGGAGAUUCUUGGGAGAGAGAAUUGAAGCCUGAAAAAUUGCCAUUGAGUCCGUGGGGCCCGUGGAUUUGCUACUGUCUCCGGGGAGUUCGAGAGCGGAGUCGGGAUGUGGUAGGGGCAUCUGUAGGUCCUGUAUUUCUGGACAGGGACACCCUAGUGCAGCGCCAGCCCUGCAUUCACAAAUGUCCUGGUUGCUUACCACAUCAGUGUAAUUGGAGGACCCGAAAACACAGUGACCGGGGCCAAAUACAAAGGCUGACCCCAGUGAACCCACAGACAAUGAAAGGAAGAUAGACAAUUGUAGGAGACUUGAGGCCCUUGCCAUCCCAUUUGGGUUUUGGAUAAGGAAGAGAGAAAAAUCUGAAGUUAGGAAAGGAGCAUCCUAAAGGGAAGGAAACUUCUGGGUUGACACUGCCCUUGUUUAUUUGCUGCAGUUCCUAGGAAGGCCUCCAAGUGGAAGUCCCUACUCUUAUUAAUGUUCCAGAGCCUAAAACAGAAAAGUCUGGUACGAUGAAAAGAACACUAGCCUAUUGUUGUUCCUCAGAUAAAGAAACUGAGGCAAACAGAGUUAAAUGACUUGGCCAGGGCCACAUAACUAGAAAAUGUCGGAAGCCAGAGGCCAGAUUUGAAUUCACAAAGAAGAGUCUUCUUGACUGUACCCACUCUCAUCUCAGCACUCUAUCCACUUCAGGACCUAACUGCUGCUCAGCCUGAGGCCCCAUGGUCUACGGCAUCUGCUUCUGCCCCUUGUCCAGACUGGGCGACCUGGAGGCCCUGAAGGUGGCGGACUCAAAGACCCUGUCGGAGGCGGAGAGGGAGAGACUUUUUGGCAAGCUAGAGCAGGCCCGGGACUUUGUGGGCUGGGCCUUGGACAUCCUGUCCCCGAACCUCAUUUCCACCAGCAUGCAGAGGCGAGCCAAGUAUAACCUGAACUCCCUUUCUCAUGACACUGCUAUGGCCUUGGUGCAGCUGGCUCUGGAUCAGGGUGUGAGAGUCACUCAGGUGUUUGUGGACACAGUGGGGCCGGCUGACAAGUACCAGCAAAAACUUAAAGAGAGGUUUCCAGAGGUUGAAGUGACUGUUCGACCCAAGGCCGACUCCUUAUUCCCUGUGGUCAGCGCUGCCAGCAUUUGUGCUAAGGUUGCCCGGGACCAUGCUGUGAAGAGAUGGAAAUUUUUGGAAGACCUUAAAGACCUGAAAAUGGAUUACGGGUCUGGCUAUCCCAAUGACCCCAAGACCAAGGAGUGGCUGUCCCAGUGCUUGGACCCUGUCUUUGGCUUUCCCCAGUUUGUCCGCUUUAGCUGGAGCACUGCUCAGCUCAUCCUGGAUGGACGUGCUGUACCUGUGCGCUGGGAGGACUCGGAGGAAGGAGCAGGAGGGUCACCAGCUGCUGGCAGAGGUUCUGGCACCCCCUCCCUUCUGUCCUACUUUGCCCGUACACAAGCUGCCACAGAACGACAAUCUCACCGGUUUUUCCACGAGAGGGGAUUGGAGACAGUUGCUGAUCUAUAGAAAUUGUUGAAAAAAGUGGUGGAGAGAAAUAGCAGCACCUGGCAGGGAUGGGAAGGACUGUUACUUUGUGUCUUUUUCUUCUUCUUGAUGUUAAUUUGUAAUAAAAUCUCAGGAAUAGAA